AUGGCUGCCGGUGAUAAAAAUAUACUUCAAGAUGGCGCAGAAGACGCGUAUCGCUUGGCUUUAGCUAAAAAUCGUCAAUGGGCUAUUAAAACCGCGGAAGAGGAUCCAUCUCUCUUCCCCAAACUCGCCACAGCCCAACACCCAGAAAUCCUCUGGAUCGGAUGCUCUGACUCUCGGUGCCCCGAAACAGCUAUCCUCGGUCUGCAGCCUGGAGAUGUCUUCGUUCACCGCAACAUCGCCAAUGUUAUUCAUUACAACGACAUGAGCUCCGCGUGCGUGAUAGAAUAUGCAGUCGUCUACCUGAAAGUCAAGCACAUCGUGUUGUGUGGUCACACAUCGUGCGGUGGCAUAGCUGCCGCUCUCGCAAAUAAGAGACUGGGUCUACUGGAUAGCUGGCUCAUGCCACUCCGCCGCCUGCGAGAACAGAACCUGUAUCUGCUCAAUGAUUUGAAUACCAGUGAAGCGGCGGAGAAACUGGCAGAAAUCAAUGUGCGCCAGGGGCUGCGUACGCUGAAAGAAAAUAGUGGGGUCCUAGAUGCAAUUCAGGAGAGAGGAUUGAAGUUGCAUGGAGUACUGUAUGACGUUGGCAGCGGGAUUCUGAGAGAGCUUGAUGUCGAAGAGUCGGUGGAUGUUGUUCAUAGCCGUAUUACUGCUUUUAAAACUCUGAAGGCGGAGAUGGUUCAUUGA